AUGGAGGACACUAUUGCGCAUUGUGAACAGAGUAUCUGUCAGGCAAGAGCUGCUGUGAUGGUUUAUGAUGACGCCAACAAGAAGUGGGUACCAGCUGGCGGCUCAGCUGGGUUCAGCAGGGUUCACAUAUACCACCACACAGGCAACAACACGUUCCGAGUGGUGGGCAGGAAGAUUCAGGACCAUCAGGUGGUGAUAAACUGUGCCAUCCCUAAGGGCUUGAAGUACAACCAGGCUACGCAGACUUUCCACCAGUGGCGAGAUGCUCGACAGGUGUAUGGCCUCAACUUCGGCAGCAAGGAGGAUGCCAAUGUCUUCGCAAGUGCCAUGAUGCAUGCCCUAGAGGUGUUGAAUUCCCAGGAAACAGGGCCAACAUUGCCUAGACAAAAUUCUCAGCUACCUGCCCAAGUUCAAAAUGGCCCAUCACAAGAAGAAUUGGAAAUUCAAAGAAGGCAGCUGCAAGAGCAGCAGCGACAGAAGGAGCUGGAGCGCGGGGAGCGCGGGGAGCGCGUGGAGCGGGAGCGCCUGGAACGCGUGGAGCGGGAGCGCGUGGAGCGCGUGGAGCGGGAGCGCGAGCGCGUGGAGCGCGUGGAGCGGGAGCGCGUGGAGCGGGAGCGCCUGGAGCGGGAGCGCCUGGAGCAGGAGCAGCUGGACCGCGAGCGGGAGCAGCGGGAGCGCGAGCGGCAGGACCGGCUGGAGCGCGAGCGGCUGGAGCGACUUGACCGCGAGCGGCAGGAGCAGCGGGAGCAGCGGGAGCGGCAGGAGCAGCUGGAGUGGGAGCGCGAGCGGGAGCGCAGGCUGUCGGCUGCUGCCCCUGCCUCUGCGGAGACUCCUCUAAACUCUGUGCUGGGGGACUCCUCUGCUUCUGAGCCAGGCUUGCAGGCAGCCUCUCAGCCGGCCGAGACUCCAGCCCAACAGGGCAUUGUCUUGGGACCACCUGCCCCUCCGCCCCCCCCUCCGCUCCCCACCCCGGCUCCAGCAGCGCUGCCCCCCCACCCGGGGCCUCCGCCCCCCCCUCCGCUCCCCGCCUCGGGGCCUCCGCCCCCGCCUCCUCCGCCCCCUCUUCCUAAUCAAGCGCCCCCCCCUCCCCCUCCUCCUCCCGCUCCCCCGCUCCCUGCAUCUGGAUUUUUUGCCGGAUCCGCGUCUGAAGACAAUCGCCCUUUGACUGGACUUGCGGCUGCCAUCGCCGGAGCGAAACUGAGGAAAGUGUCCCGGACGGAGGAUGCCCCUUUACCAAGUGGAGGGACUACCAUUGGUGUGAACCCGGCCUCAUCGAAGUCAGACACGGGUCGUGGGAAUGGACCCCUUCCUUUAGGAGGCAGUGGGCUAAUGGAAGAAAUGAGUGCCCUGCUGGCCAGGAGGAGAAGAAUUGCUGAAAAGGGAUCAACAAUAGAAACAGAACAAAAAGAGGACAAAAACGAAGAUUCGGAGCCCGUAAUUUCUAAGGCCUCAUUGACAAGUACACCCGAACCUACCAGAAAACCCUGGGAAAGAACAAAUACGAUGAACGGCAGCAAGUCACCUGUUAUUUCCAGACGGGAUUCUCCAAGGAAAAAUCAGAUUGUUUUUGACAACAGGUCCUAUGAUUCAUUACACAGACCAAAAUCUGCACCUUCAUCACAGCCCAGUGCCAACGGCGUCCAGACGGAGGGGCUAGACUACGACAGGCUGAAGCAGGACAUUUUAGAUGAAAUGAGAAAAGAACUAACAAAGCUAAAAGAAGAGCUCAUUGAUGCGAUCAGGCAAGAACUGAGCAAGUCCAAUUCUGCGUAGAGAGACGAGCCGAGGAGGAAUAGGACUUUAGUCUGGAGAAAGGAGAAAGACCCGUGCGAACAACAGCUGUUAACAACAACAAACCCCUACAUUUGUGAGCUGUGAUGAAGACAGUGGAGACAAACAGUCAGAAGGAGGAAAAACCAACAUCCUCGCGAGCCUUCAGACGCUGUUACUCUGGCGAUAAGCUAUUUCCCUCCCAGUUUGCUGCUUUUUUCUGACCUUUUCAAUAGGAUGGAAGAGCUGGAUGCGAAUUCCUGUUUCAUAGUUAUGCAGAAAAUACUAAGCCCAUCAGGCAAGAUCGCCGUGCAUUGAAAUAUUUUCAUGUCAAGACAAAAUCGCACGUUUUUCACAAUCCAUUGCUAAAAUAAAGAGGAGAAAGGCUUAAGAAGUUUGUUUUCAGAGAGUGCUGACGAAGAAUUGAGCAAGUUACACUAUUGUAUUGUAAAUGUUUCUCUCAGGUUUGUCUUCCUAUCACAUUUGAUAUUCCGUGAGGAAUGGAGAUCAGCCCUGUGUAGGUUAAGAUCCUAAAAUGUGCAACAAAUGGAAUUGUAUGUGCUUUCCAAGGGUGAUAUUUAUAAGAAAGUGUCUUAAAAAUGAUUUGUCUGGCUUGAGGAAUUUUAGAAUGAUAGGAAGUCUCUCGAGUUAGCCUUCAUGCAAUUUUGUAGAUUAAAACAUAAAAAUCGUCCAGAAUUUAAAGAUUUAGAUGCCUUCCUAAAUUGUUAAAAUGCUUUACCAAAUCUCUGACUCCUACAUAAUACACACCAGUGGUCAAAUGUAAAACAAUAUAUUGUAGACUUACUGUAGGUUUUCAACCUUUUUUAGAUUUAUGCAUGUGGACAUUUUUAUAAUGUAAUUACAACCACCACAAAAUUAGCUUUUUUAAUUGCAGACAGUAAUGCAUGUCCCACUAAUACGUAGUGGCCUUUUCAAGGCCUGGUCCCAGGGAAAACCUUUUGUAGAGUCUGUAGGGGGGUGGGAGGAAAGGAAGGAAUCAUUUUUUCUUUUAAAGUUAAUUUCUGCACUGUCUUUGUUUUCUCAACGACCUGCAUGAAUACUAAUGAGGACUAUUUUGUGACUUUAGUUGGUAAAUAUGUUAGCAGAACCAAGUACUCAAUCUUUUACAUCAUGUCUUCAGCUGUUCGUAUUUUAACUUGAGUAAUUCCAAUGGUCUGAAACAUGAUUCUGAGCUUCACAUGGAUUACAUCGUACUGUGGAACUCGAAAAUUCGAUCCCUGAAUUUGGCAGUUAUUUACUACCUGGGUGCCCUGCAGUUGGACAGGUGUUCAGGUACAUGUUCCUGACCAGGAAGCUGCUUUUGAAUUUUGUUACAUGGAAACACACGGAGUAGCGAUGUCCACAGCAACCGAGGUCAUAGACACCACGUGGCAGAGGGGACCAGCGAGGGGCUCUGCAUGGUUCUCUUGUCAUGACCGAGCAAGACUCAGGUGGUGGGAAGAAGGACCUAGGUGGUCCACUCACCCCCACGCGGGUGUGCACGUGCUGUGCACGUAUGUGCGUGCACAUGUAACCCACGCCCUUCUCCUGGAAACUCGUGAAGAUUAAAAUAGGGGAGAAAUUCUAUAUGUUGCAAUGGUAGAUUUUUUUUUUUAAUUUAGGAAAUCACAAAUUCUCCAGGCUCUCCAUCUUGAUUUAUGCUUCAGUUAUGUGCCAUAUUUGCUUUGAAAUCUUUGAUUAUCUGAAGUUUUACUAAAAUU